GAGUAGGGAUUAAAAGAGAAGUGGAAUGAGAAUUUUAAUAAUAGUAACCAGUGAAUUUUGCAUUAUAGUUUCAAACUUCAAUGAAUGUGUUCAUCUCUCGGCGUUGUUUUCUCGCGACAAUUCUUAAACCAGACAUAUCUCCAUCUCCAACAUUUUAAUAAGAAAGAAAAAAUAAAACAUCACCAUCAUACCAAAAAAGGAAACAAUAAUUGUAUGGUAAUAAUUUAAAAAAAAAAAAAAAAAAAAAAAAAAAAAAAAAAAAAAAGGAUAAACGAAGAGAAAAAAAAAUCUUUAAUUAAAAGUAAUAAUGGGUAAAAAUGGGAAAAGGAUUAAUUGUAAAUAAUUUAAGUGAUCUAAUGGUUUUUAUAACAGAGCACACACAUGAUAAAACAUCAAUGAUGGAAACUCGUAUCCGUAGCAAUCGGUUACGGAGUGUAAUUGGAAUUUGUAUUUUACUUGCUCUCACUGGCAUAGUGUAUCUUGGUUAUUUUUGUCCGGACCAUGUGUGUGCAUUAACUAAUCGUGAUAUUAAGGAAUCAACAAGAUUAUCUGAAGGAUUAAUACCUGGUACAGGAUUAAGUUCAUUAUCUUCAUCUUCUCCAUUGGAAGCUUAUAAAAAUUCAUUAUUUAUUCAUCCAUCAUUUAAAUUACAAAGUGUUCAAAGUAGUCUUGGGUAUGAUGAUAUUUUAAACAAUGAUACCUUUCAAUUUGAUAUAAAUGCUCAUGAUGUUAUUGUCUUUCUCCAUAUACAAAAAACAGGAGGAACAUUGUUUGGGAAACAUCUGGUGAGAGAUUUAGAUCUUCAAAGACCGUGCUCGUGUCAGAGAAGAAAAAAACGUUGCUUUUGUUUUCGACCAAAUCGUGAUGAGAACUGGUUGUUUUCGCGUUAUUCAACUGGUUGGAAAUGUGGUUUACAUGCUGAUUGGACGGAACUAACAAAUUGUGUUGAUUAUGAGUUAAAUAAAAUAGAGGGUGAUGGUAUAAAACGUAGAUACUUUUAUAUAACUAUAAUUCGUGAUCCUGUUGCGAGAUAUUUGUCGGAAUUCCGACACGUUCAAAGAGGUGCUACAUGGCGUGGGGCAAGGCACUGGUGUGGUGGAAAUGUCGCUAAUAUACCACAAUGCUAUUCUGGCCCAACUUGGCAAGGAGUUACGCUGGAACAAUUUAUGGCUUGUCCAACAAAUUUAGGAAAUAAUCGUCAAACGAGAAUGCUCGCAGAUUUAUCACUUAUUGGAUGUUAUAAUUCAUCACUGUCGAAUGCAGAAAAAGAUAAUCUUAUGUUAGAAAGUGCUAAACGUAAUUUACAUUUCAUGCCAUUUUUCAUGUUAACUGAGUAUCAAAAAGUUGGACAAUAUUCUUUCGAAGAAACGUUUGGAAUGCGAUUUGCAGUGGCAUUUGAGCAACAUAAUGCAACAUUAAGUGCCGCGACAAUGGCAACAUUAACGCCAGAACAAAAAGAACAGGUACGAAAGCUCAAUAAACUUGAUCUUCAACUAUAUGAAUAUGCCAAAGAUCUUGUUUUUGAACGAUUCAGACGUUUAAGAGAUCGUGACCCAUAUUUUAUCCACCGAUUUCAACAUCUCGGUGAGUUGUCAUUGCGUCAAAGUGCGACUGAAUUUAAUUGGGAUUCAGUUAUUGAAGAUACAACUGAUAACGAUUGAAUUAUUUUUAAAAUGACGCUUGUUAAAUUAAAAAAAAAUAAUAAUUUUAAUAUUUUAAGUGCAGAAUUCUCAAAUAUCUCAGGGAACUGCCCCCAUCACAUUAUAGCGUGAUAGGAUUUUUUUCUCGUGUCAUUUACCAAAAGUUUCAUCGUUUUAACCAAAGAGAAUUCUCGAUAAUUAUUUAUUUAUAAUUCAUAACAAAGUAAUUGGAUCACUAUUAAAUAAAUAUAAGAUUCUACAUUGAAUUUAUAUAUUCAUAUAUAAAAGUAUUCUACUCAGUUUAACGAUUAAAAAAAAAGUACUUUUAAUUGCUUUAUUACUCCAAAUUAUCAAUGUAUGUGAUGUAUAAAAAAAUUUGAUAUUUUAGAGUUAAAAUUUUUAAUAGCAAAUGUACUUUGACAUUUAAAUAAUUUACAAAUGUUAGGGUGAUCUAAAAAAUUUUUUAGUUUAAGACAUUCUAAUUAAAAACCGUUGCCAAAAAUCAACUCGAUAAAAAAUUUUCAAGGGAUCGCCCACGAAUUUAAUUCUACUAAUAUUUAAGGAUCGCUCGAAAACGGCCAAAAAACAGAACGCAGAAUUAUUCAAAAUUCAUGAGCGACCCUUUAAAAAUUUUUUGUUGAGCUGAUUUUUGGAAAGGAUUCAUAAAAUGUUUUAAACUAAUAAACUUUCAUACGAGACACGAAAAAAAAAAUAAUAAUCAGUUUUUUGCACCACCCUAAUGAGUAUAAAUUAUUUUAGAGACGAUAAACAAACUGUAUAAAAAAUUGCUUAGUAAAAAUGUUUUUAAUGAAAAUAUUCCGUAUAAAGAUAUUUGACAAUAGAUCAAAUUUAAAAAUUAAGAUUUUUUUUUUAUGUUAAACAUAUUGAGGUGACAGUAUGUAAGAGUAAAUAAAUUUAGCGUAGAGUUCUAUAUCUGCGUUAAAUUUUAUAAAACAAAUUAAUCAUGAAAAGAAAAAAAAAUUUUUUUAUACUAAGCUUUUAUUUUGCGUAGAGAAUUUUUGUUUAAGUUGAUAAACGGAAAUGGUUAUUAUAGAUAAGCAAGGCUACAUUUAUUUUCGGCUUCAAAAUAUAUUUUGUGGAUUCAAAGAUUUUAUUUAAUUUAUUUAAAUUGAAAGUAAGUUAAGCAAAGCUUUUUUUAACAUUUUUUUAAUAUUUCGUUCUAGGCUUUUAUUUUGAUUUAGACAACAACGAAUGAAAAAAAUAAAAAAUAAAUUUUUUAAAUGCCAUAAAAAAAUAUUUUUACAAAUUAAAAUAUGUCGAGUCUCACUUCUGUAUAAUUAUCACUAAAAAUAAUCCUCCUUAAAAAAAAAAUUAAUAUUGAUUAACUGUUUAUAGAUUUUUUUAAAUUUUAUUAAUCAUCAUUUUAAAAAUUUAUCUAUCAAAGUUUUUUGGCUGUAUACGCAUAUAUUAACUUACAUAUCUGUGUUUUUUAAUUAUAUAAGUAUCAUAAUUAGUAAUAGUUGUCCUCUGCCAUUUCAAAGAAUUAAUUUAGA